GCGAUGAAAGAGGUUCUUCCGGGAAUCUGCCCCUCGCAUGCCACCGUGUACAUGGUUGUGCGCGAGUCCAAGACAGACCCACCAGGCCUCUUCUUGGGAUCAUCGAUGAUGAGCCUGGAGGCCAUGAACUGCGAACUGCGCCAGGCCCGUGAUCUGGGCGGCAAGGAGGGCGAGCUUGUCCGCUCUUCGGCUCGAGUCAUCGAGGCGAAGUUUGGCAGCUGGAACUCCUCUUUGCUGUCCUCUAGGAGGCGCUCCACAAACAUCAUUCACUACUCCUUGGCCGCGGCCACCUCCGAUACACCCGAGUACAAGGACUGUGAUGCCCAGAAGGCGAGCUGGAAUCAUGAUCUUGAUUGCAUGGUUGUUGGCACUCAAACUUUCGACUUGGACGAAGAGACCAGCUGGCUCAUCGUGACUGUUCUACCGACGAUCUUCCACGAUAACCUCGUCUCCCUCGCCACAGAGCGCACCAAGGAGUCGAAGACGCAGGUAGAU